GCGUAUUCUAUCCUAUCUCUAAUAAUCUAUGUAGGGAUUGAAGAUAUAUUAGAUGUCCGAUAGUCUCUCCUUUUUUGUCAAUAAACACUUCUAUUCGAAUGUUUCAGAAACUCCCUUGAUUCAUUAUCUCGAUACGGAGCUAAACUGACAAAUACCCAAUACCUAACGUUACCUCUAAUAAAUUCCAACACAGCCACGAUCACGCACACACAAACACCCUUAUCAAGAGCUAUCUCUCCAGUUUAUCGAUUUUUACUUGAAUCUUUCACCAAUUGAGAGAUAAAAAUGAACCGCCGAUCCCAUAGAAAGUCGAGGAAGGGAUGUUUGCAGUGUAAAUCGAGGCAUAUCAAGUGUGACGAAACGCAUCCAGAAUGUGUAAACUGCAAGACAGCGAGUCACAAAUGCUCUUACAAGACUCCUGCGAGCACCAAUACCAGCAAAGUCACGACCCCAGAAUCGGCAUUUACCAAUUCACCAACUCCAACUUUCCAAAGUGACCCACAAACACCACAAGGGCCCUCAUUGCAGCCGGAACCUCCAUCAUUACCUCCAUCAUUACCUCAGUCAUAUGUGAACUUCACACACCUAGAGUUGUUUCAGCAUUUUUAUAAUGAUCAAAACUUUCUGUGGGAUGGGCAAUUUCGAGGCCACAAGUCCAAGAUAAUCAAAUAUGCUUAUGCCGCCCCGUUUCUCAUGUACGAGCUUCUUGCUUGCUCAGCAUUGCAUUUGAGUACCAUUCGUCCUGAUCAAUUCCAGUUUUAUCGCGAUGAAUCUUCAGUAUUGCAAGAACAAUCAAUGAAAAUGUUCAACGAAUCGGUACAAGAGGUGCACGAUGACAAUCUGAUCCCGGCCUUUAUGUAUUCGGGAGUUUUGGGUCUUCAUUUCUUUGCAGACACAUUCUCUAUGCCUGGUUCGGACUUGAAUCAAUUCAUCGACAAACUUGUCCAGGCCAUUAAACUGAUGCGUGGAGUUCGGGUUUGCUUUACUGGGUGGUGGGAUGUUUUGCUGCAAUCCGAGAUUCGUGAUAUUAUACAAUAUGGUGAUGGAGGUAUGGAGCACACUGAUGAUUUUGUGGAGCAUCUGCUCGUACUUCAAGCAAAGCUACCUGAAAUUCCUGGUGUAGAGGAAGCGGAACUUGAGGUGUUGCUUGAGGCUGUUCGUCAGUUAAAAUGGGUGUAUGUAUCCAGUCUCUUUAACAUUCAAAAUGGAACUCCUAGUCCAGGAAUGGUUACAUCAUGGCCAAUUACGCUGCCAGUGGAAUUCGCAGAUCUUAUCGAUCAGAGAAAGCCCGGCUCGUUGAUUGUGCUAGCGCAAUUUAGUGUCAUUCUACAUGUUUGUCGAGACUUCUGGGCAGUUGGCAAUGCUGGGAAAUUUUUGUUCACGGUGGUCGAAACUUAUCUUGGUAGAGACUGGCAAUCAUGGUUGGAAUGGCCUAGGUCAAAAGUCUUCGAAAGCGAAAGUGUUUGAGCUUUGCAAAUUUGAAUUGAACGAAGAAAUGAAGGCUUUCAAGAAGGAUCUCAUGAAGCGUCGGCGCAAGAAUGAUUUGAUGCGGACCGCACAGAGCGGUAACCUUCAUUGACGCCAUUGACUAACAUGCAUGACCGAGAGAACAUUUCGAGCGUGUCUUUCAAACCAUUUAAAUUUGUUCACUAGAGAUGUCAUGGAACACAGUCCAUAUGGCCUCCUCGAUUCAAGCAUUCUAGAUAAAGGCCCAGAUAUUCAUGUAGAAUCUUUCGUCCUUUUUGCUAAAACAAUCCCAAUAUCAAAAAAAUCACAAAACUUGCUAAGACAGAAAGACCAUCCGUACAGAUGUAGCUCCUUCAUUCACUUCAUUCUACAACCCUCCCAGAUCAACAGUAUCUAGAGCCAUAUAUAUAUAUAUUAACCAUCAUACACCUUCAUCAAAAAUUAUUCGCGCACUCAAUCUGGAUGAGCUGGUAGCUUCAAUGAUUACAGAGUCGAGGAAAAUUGGGCCCGUGGAAUAAGCCAAGUUCCAACCGUGAGGGUUUGAGCCCCUCCAAUUCGUCAGAAUUGACAAUCCAGCUUCGACAUAGAAUAAUCGUGUCAACCGAUGUCUGGUGCCUUAGAGAGUUUAGAGUUGAUAUCUCUUUUGUAGAUUUGGUUUUUGUCUGGAACGAGGAUGGGAUCUAGCAAUGACUUGUGGGCGAUUCAUGAUCAGGGCGACUAACAGGUGGUUGGUAGCAUUAUUAUUUUUCUGAUGUGGUGGACAGAUAUUUAUGCCACCAGCACGUAUGUGACUCCGGAGCUGGAUGCACAUACCGCAAGAUAGCAAUCUGCAAUAGAAAUAACCUGGAUACCUUUUCGCAGCGGAGUUGCAUACUUUCUACUCAUAGCCCAUGAGUAUUCUCUGCUUCCCCAGAUCAAUCAAACCACACAUACAUCUCUUGACCGUUUUGUCUUGGCCAGUACGUGAAAAUCUAGAUGCAACA